GAAGACUAUUGGAAGAAUGUGCUCACCUUGAGUAAAUCAACAUUUAUGAAAGGUUGGAUGCCUGCAAUAAUCUCACCAAAAAGGCCAGAUUUGUAUACGCAACUGCUUUAUCAUUAUUUCGACUAUCCGUUGGAAAUUAAAAAGGCCUUAUCCAGAUCUAAAAGGCAACUUCAAUGGUUUCCACCGCAGUGGUUUCAGCAGUGCCAACCACUGUCACCUUCUGGUCGAAUGGGUCAGGUAUACACUUCUCAAUCCUUUGUAUCGAUAAGAUCGAAUGACACAAUCACAUUAGAGCAACUGAUACCCCAAGUAGAUCAAUGGUCUUUGCAAAAGCUAUAUCGUGUUGCACUAUCACUAUGCUCUACUGUUCGUAACUUUCACGCACAAAACAAAGUUCAUCCAAAUUUACAGCCCAAAAAUAUCCUUAUUUGUAGCAAUACCAUCAACAAUACCAAUUCAGAUUCUCAGCAACUCAAGCAUACAUUGAGCGAAAGCAGGAGAAGGUCGUCAACAUUGGUGUCAUCUGACAACGAUUCUAUCGAACUGAUUGACUACUGGACUUCUCUGCCUUUGUGCUCCCACUAUGGACGGUAUCCGUAUAUAGCACCUGAACUAUAUAUCGAUGUGAGCAAUACAAGCAUGACCCAAAAAUCAAACAUAUAUUCGCUGGGUAUAAUUUUAUGGCAACUCGCUUGCGGUGUCAUUUUCCCUACGUCUAUUCACAUUAGUUCGGCCCUUUAUCAAUUAACAGCAUGUCGACACUGCUUACCACCAGAGUAUGGAGAUUUGAUAGCAAGAUGCUUGAAUCCUAACCCCUCAAAACGUCCGUCAGCAGAGCAAUUAUGUGAAUGUUUGCUUAGACUGUUGAUG